CGGAAAUGAUUUUACUGGAAGAGUUAGAACUCGUCUUCCAAACCACUACUGUUGUUGUUCAACAGAAUGCCAGAAUAAGAAGAAGAAGAAUAAGAAUGGAACCUGAUCUCGAAAAGAUUGCUGAAGAACUUAUAAAACAUGGAAGUGAAAUUAUUCAACCUACGACCUCCGUCCAGGAAGCAGAGGCCAUAAAGGAUAAAUUCGCCUCUUCUGUGACCAUUAACAUUUAUAAUUUCCUACGCGAGCCUUUACUUGCCCUUAGAGCGGUCUCACGGGCAGGCGAGAUUGAGGUUCCAGUCAGUGACAUACCAAGUCUUUCCAGAAGUGCGCUACUAUGUGGCCGGUUAACCCGCCCAGUUUCCAGUUGUGGUUGUGCUGGAACGGUUAGCUUUGGAAUUGGGUCUAUCAAAGAAAACUUGCAUGUGAUGUGGUCCUCACCGAACAAUUUUGACAAGCUGGCGUCUCACCUUGCAGUUGGAAUUUCACAGGAGAAAUCUGAUAAAUUUAUCGACAUGUACUACAACCAUGACACGUGGUUUACAAGGAAAUAUGUUUAUCAUGACAGUAAAGGAAUCUGGUUUCAUUCGCCACAUAUUCUUAUAUUCGCUAAAUCCUCAACAAGACCAGUGGCUGAUGUAGAUGUUUAUGUGUAUCCUAUGAAUCCUGAUAAUCUUCCAAAAGAAGCUAAAGAAGUUGUCAAAUCCUUACUCUAGUAUCCAGUGUAAUUGUACUGUACCCGACUUAGAGGAAACAUUGAAACAUCUACACUCUUGUAAUCACAUCAAAGUUGACCUUUAAAGGGACUGCAACGCGUAAUUUCAAGCGACCGGUUGACCUCCGUGCAAAGAUGGCAUUGCCCUAUCCACAA